AUGCCUAAAUUUCAGGCGCUCACCUUAGCGGCUCUCAGCUGUCUGCAUGCGGCAACUGCAUCAGCCUACCCACGUCAAGAUGGGAGUUUGCGCACAGAAUACGAUUAUAUCAUUGUUGGUGCAGGUGCUUCAGGCCUCACUGUAGCCAACCGCCUUUCGGAGGAUCCUGCUGUGACUGUCCUAGUGAUUGAAGCUGGUGAUUUCGAUAAGAACGAAGACAUCGUGACAAUCCCGGGCCUUGCUGGUGGUGCUGUUGGCACAAAGUACGACUGGAAUCUUACUUAUCCCUCCACCACUUCUCUCAAUGGGCGCAACGUCUCGAUUCCCUUGGGCAAAGUUGUUGGAGGCUCGACCAAACUUAAUCGCAUGGUCUAUGACCGCGGUUCAAAGGCAGACUACGAUCGCUGGGCUGAGUUGGGUAACAGUGAUUGGCAGUGGGAUACACUGCUGCCUUAUUUCAAGAAGAACGAGAAGUUCUCUGGACCAAAUGCCGAUAUCAAGAAGGAGUAUGGCAUCACCACGGACCCUUCUGCGCAUGGCUCUUCGGGCUUCAUUCACACCAGCUACUCGCCUUUCUUCUGGCCCACGACGAAGAACCUUGUCAAGGCCACUGGGGAGCUCGGCAUCAGCGUUGCCUUCGACCAAGCCAAUGGCGGCGCGAUUGGAGGAUACUUCUGCCCUCACAACCUCAACCCAAAGACCGUUGUUCGCUCCUCUGCACAGGACUACUACAGCGCUGUCUCUCAGCGCAAGAACCUCCAGCUUCUUCCCGGCAACCAAGUUACUCGCAUUCUUACUAGCAAAGACGGAAGUUCCGUGAAGACUACCGGUGUCGAGUUUGCGAAGAACAAGGGCAGCGCCAAGAAUACCGUCAAGGCGAAGAAGGAAGUCAUCCUUGCGGCUGGAGCCAUUCACACUCCUCAGAUCCUCCAGGUCUCUGGUAUUGGUGACUCGGCUCUUCUCUCCAGCAUCGACGUCCCUGUCGUUGUUGAUCUCCCCGCUGUUGGCCAGAACUUCCACGAUCACGUUUUCCUCGCUGUUGUGGGCACAGUCAAUGCUCCUAUCCAAACCGGCAACCUUACUGGCAACGCCACUUUCGCUGCUGAGGCGCGCGCUGAAUACGAUCAGCAAAAGAAGGGACCUUAUUCUUCACCCACUGGUGACUUCCUUCUCUUCCUCCCUCUCUCCAACGCCACAAGCUCCGCUUCGGAUAUUCACAGGCAGGCCGCUAGCCAGGACGGCUCCAAGUUCCUCCCUUCAGGUACACCCGCCGAGGUCGUCAAGGGCUACAAGAAGCAGCAAAAAGUUCUCAACGACAAGCUUCUCGAUGCCAAGUCCGCCAUCCUAGAGGUCAUCUGGGCCGACGGAACCUCAGUCCUUGGUCUUCAGCACCCCUACUCUCGAGGCUCCGUCAAGGCCAAGUCUUCUUGCAUCUUCGAUUCUCCCGAUGCCAACCCAGAGUUCCUCAAGAACCCUCUCGAUAUCGCCAUUCUCACCGAAGGUGUCAAGUUUGCUCGAAAGCUGUCUGGCGCGCCCUCAAUCAAGUCCAUGAACCCCUUCGAGAUUGUGCCAGGAGCCAACGUCACAAGUGACAGUGACAUUGAACAGUUCAUCCGCAACAGCGCAUCAACUCUUUUCCAUCCCGCGGGCUCUUGCAAGCUUGGUAGCCGCAGUGACGGUGGUGUAGUUGAUGAGAAGCUCAGAGUCUACGGCAUCAAGGGCCUUCGCAUCGUCGAUGCCAGUGUCAUUCCUUUGCUUCCCGCCACGCAUACAAUGACGACUGUUUAUGCUGUCGCUGAGAAGGCUGCCGACUUGAUCAAGCGUGGUUAA